CAUCCCUGACCUUCCUGUACAGCUGGAACCUAGGCGCUGGGUGAGGCGCGGCUGCGCGAAGUGCGCCGUCGCCAUGGUAACCGCGGAAGCCUGAGCCCUGGGAGAGAUAUUUUUGGAGCGAAUGGAGCCAGAAGGAACUCUAGAAUCAGAGGGUUCAGAAAAAUCAUUAUUUUCCUCACAGCAAGACUAUGAAGAAUCCCAAGAAACAGAUGAAACAGGCCCGGAGAACCCCCUCUUGCAGCCGGCUCUCACCGGGGAUGUAGAAGGCUUGCAGAAGAUUUUUGAAGAUCCUGAACAUCCUCACCAUGAGCAUGCUAUGCAGCUGCUUCUGGAAGAAGACAUUGUCGGGAGAAACCUGUUGUAUGCAGCUUGCAUGGCUGGGAAAAGUGAUGUAAUUAGAGCCUUGGCAAAGUAUGGGGUGAAUCUGAAUGAAAAAACCGCCAGAGGGUACACGCUCUUACACUGCGCUGCAGCCUGGGGCCGCCUGGAAACUUUGAAGGCCCUGGUGGAACUGGACGUUGAUAUAGAGGCCUUGAACUUCCGGGGAGAGAAAGCUCGGGACGUUGCCGCUCGCUAUUCUCAGACUGAGUGCGUUCAUUUUCUGGACUGGGCAGAUGCAAGGCUGAUUCUGAAAAAGUUUAUUAUAAAGUCCUCUCUCAUCGUUACUGAACCGGAAAAGGGACCGGGGAAACUCCUCAAGGAUGACAAGAACACUAUCCUCAAUGCAUGUCGUAUGAAAAAUGAGUGGUUGGAAACCCAUCCAGAAGCUUCCAUCAGUGAGCUUUUUGAGCAGAAACAACAACUAGAGGAAGUUAUGACUCCCAUCCUCACAAAAAUGUCUACACCACGUCAAGUGAAAAGUGCCAGAUCGAUAAUCUAAGCCAUGGUUCGCAAAGAAAUCAAGACGGUGCCUUCUACAGACCCCAGAUGGUGUAGAAGUCUACGUUAUCUUCCAGCAUUCGAUAAGACAAAUCAAUUCCUGCCAGCUGAAUUCAAGAAACAGACCCAGGGUUUUCAGAAAUGUUUGGAUACAAAUUCAGUCAGCCUGGCUUUGUGGAAGGCUGUUCAGAAUACUCACACCUAGCUCAGGGGCUGGGCCUCUGCUCCUCCAAACACAUCCCCUCAUGAAUCCUCCUAUCAAGGCUCCUCAUGAGUUUCCACAUUCCUUCGGAAGAGCCGAGCAAGGAUUUCAAAACCACACAGAGAAGCUAAUCAUUUUCUGUGUAGCUAAGGCAAGACAUUUCCACUAGACCAGGGAAAUCAUUUUCAAAAGAUGCACUAGGCCAUUUUUAAAGGAAGUAUCUGUUCCUUCUCUCUCAAGCAGCAAACACUAACAGUUGUUUGGGGCAGGCUCCUUUGAUUUUUAGCUCUUACUUUUUAUGUCCAAAUUAAACUUUACCUGGAAGGUAGGAGACAGUUUCUGGGAAAAGCCCACUGUUACCUUUACUAUCUGUAAUAAACACAAAUCUGGCUAGCUUCCCCUCUCUAGGAGGUUUGGUAAUAUAGAUAUUGUAACUGGCACCAUGCCACAUUCUACCAUUCUCUGUUCUAUUGCCCAGGUUUUAAAGGUCAUGGUUACUCAAAAAUUUGUUGGAAAGUCCUUUUUCUAGUCAAAUUAAGCAGGAUCCUGAACUUCCUAUUCUUUUGUGACUUUCUGGGAAAGAUUUUUAUAGAAAAUAAAAUA